AUGGCUAUUCCACUCCCUUCAGCCAUUGCCCAGGAUCCUGACAGUGAUCAACCCCUGAAUAGUUUCGAUGUCACCCCACUGCGCAAACCCCGCAGCUCCCUGGAGACCUUCAAAAAGGUGGGGAUUCCCAUCAUUGCAGCAGCGCUGAGUCUGGCGACCAUCAUUGUCGUGGCUGUCCUCAUCAAGGUGAUCCUGGACAAAUACUACUUCCUCUGCGGGCAGCCCCUUCACUUCAUCCCCAGGAGGCAAGUGUGUGAUGGCCAACAGGAUUGUGCCUUGGGGGAGGACGAGCAGCACUGUGUCAAGAGCUACCCAGAUGGGCCCCUAGUAGGAGUCCGCCUCUCCAAGGAUCGAUCCACCCUACAAGUGCUGGACCCCACCACAGGUGUCUGGGCCUCCGCCUGUUUCGACAACUUCACAGAAACUCUUGCCAAGACAGCCUGUGGACAGAUGGGCUAUGGCAGCAAACCCACCUUCAGAGCCGUGGAGAUUGGUCCAGACCAGGAUCUGGAUGUCGUUGAAAUCAUAGAAAACAGCCAAGAGCUUCAUGUGCAGAACUCAAGCGGAUCCUGUAUUUCGGGCUCCCUGGUUUCUUUGCAAUGUCUUGCCUGUGGGGAAAGCCUGAAGGCUCCUCGGGUGCUGGGCGGGGAGAAGGCCUCUGUGUAUUCUUGGCCUUGGCAGGUCAGCAUCCAGCACAAUAGACAUCACAUCUGUGGAGGUAGCAUCCUGGACUCUCACUGGAUCCUCACAGCAGCUCACUGCUUCAGGAAGCACCUUGAUUUGUCCAGUUGGAAGGUGAGGGUUGGCUCGGACAAACUGAGCACCUUUCCAGCCUUACCUGUAGCUGAAAUCUUCGUCAUUGAGCUCAACACCACAUAUCCCAAAGAGAAGGACAUUGCCCUCGUGAAGUUGCAGUUCCCUCUUACAUUCUCAGAUACAGUCAGGCCCAUCUGCCUACCCUUCCCUGAUGAGGAUCUCAGUCCAGCCACCCCACUCUGGGUUAUUGGAUGGGGCUUUACAGAGCAAGAUGGAGGAAAGAUGUCUGAUGCACUGCUGCAGGCAUCGGUUCAGGUCAUUGACAGCACACGGUGCAAUGCUGAGGAUGCAUACCAGGGGGACGUUACUGAGAAGAUGAUGUGUGCAGGCAUCCUGGAAGGCGGCGUGGACACUUGCCAGGGUGACAGUGGUGGGCCUCUGAUGUACCAGUCCGACCAGUGGCAAGUGGUGGGCAUCGUGAGCUGGGGUCAUGGCUGUGGGGGCCCAAGCACUCCAGGAGUGUACACCAAGGUCACGUCCUAUCUCAACUGGAUCUAUAACGUCCGGAAGGCUGAGCUAUAA